CAUGUGGUGGCUCGACGUCGCACUCAGCGUUGCUUGUUGCCUCUGGCUACCUUUCCAGAUGAUGACCAAACAUCAUAACCGCCAUGAGACGAUGACAGCAGCCUGGCUUCUGCCGAUCGUGGCCUGCAUCGUUGCAGCAGCUUCUGGCGGCGUUGUCGCCUCGGUCUUGCCUGACCCGAAUCACGCCCUUGUCACCAUAGUCACCAGCUAUGUCCUUUGGGGUAUGGGUCUACCUCUGGCACUCGUGAUAAUGGUUAUAUACUUCCAUCGUCUUGCCAUUCAUAACCUUCCAUCUCAGGAGGUUAUCGUCAGCGUCUUCUUGCCUCUCGGCCCCAUGGGCCAGGGCGGAUACGCAGUUUUGAAACUCGGCAUUCAAGCUUCGAAGACCUUCCCAGAUACAAAAGCCUUGCACCCGGUAGCUGGAGAGGUCCUCUACGUACUAGGCUGGAUGACCGCCAUCACACUCUGGGGCUUCGGUCUGGUAUGGUUGUUCUUCGCUGUCGCGUCGAUCAGUCGAAACAAGUUCCCUUUUAACAUGGGUUGGUGGGGUUUCACCUUUCCUAUUGGCGUCUUUACAAUGUCUACCAUUACCAUAGGACAAGAACUUCCUUCCGCUUUCUUUAGGAUUCUAGGAACGAUACUUGGAAUUAGUGUCGUUCUGCUCUGGGUGCUUGUCGCUGUUGGCACUAUGAAGAACAUUAUAUACGCAAACAUGUUCGAAGCGCCUUGCCUGCGCGACAUAGAGAAGAAAGCAUGUGCAGCUUCUCGUGGGAUGCAACAUCAGGACGCGUAGGUAGAUCCAGCAUAGAGAGCCUUCGUCGUUGCGAGAGUAAUGUUUAGCUGGGAGCUUCACUCACUAGCUGACUGUAAAUAAAAGGGCGAUUAGACCGAAAAGGACGAGGAAAUGUCAGGCUCGUGAGGUAAAGGAGACAUGCAAGUUGACGAGAUCAAAGUCAACCUACAAGCUCCUGGAGACGCCCGUUUCAUUUCCAGCGAAGCUCGUAUUUCUUCCUUGACUGGUAGUGGGGAUAGGUUGCGAAACGCAGUACCACCU